GAGAUGCUGCAGCAGAAGAGGGAGGAGGAGAGAGUGGCUGAUGCUUGUUGUUCUUACACACACACCGCAUCGUUUCUUCAGUGAGCAGAGACAUAAAAGGAAACUUGGGAGGAAAAGUGGACAGAAUAAUAAAAAAAAACCCUCUUGGAUUUAUGGACAGAUUGUGUGGGGAGCGGUCCAAACACCAGGAGAGAGGAGAAGAAAGUAACUGAGGAGGAAGUGGAGGAGGAGGAGGGAGCUCGGAAGGAUUUUCAUCAUACUUUCCACGUCUUACGUGUUUUGCCUUCAGUUGACUUGUCUUUUAUCAACAAGUUGGGAACUCUGCUCUGUGAAGAUGGAAUUUAGUCGCCGUUGACUUGAGACGACUUUGCUGUGCUUUUAAGAACAACCUGCUUGAAUAGGUGUUUUGAGAGGAGAGAUGGCGAUCAACACGGACGCCGAGUACCAGAAGUCUAACUUGGGAGAGGGGGGCGGCGGAGGGGGGGCUCAGGCUGCGGACUUCCAGGAGACGGAGAAGCUGCUGGCGGUGACCAGCGAGCCCGGCGGCCUGAAGACGUCCUCCUCCUUCACCGUGAACAUGGACACGGACAAAGGUCUGGAGGACCAGAACGGCCACGGGGUCACACUGAGGUCGGGCUCUGCGGGUCAGCUGGCCGCCGGCCCCCCUCUCUCCCCCUCCAAAGUGAGCCUGAGCCGCUCCUCCACCGGGCAGGCCACCGUCCAGGAGGCCCAGGAGCCCAAAGACUACCUGAUCCUGGUCAUCCUGUCCUGCUUCUGCCCGGUGUGGCCCGUCAGCAUCGUGGCUCUGGUCUACUCCAUCAUGUCCAGAAACAGUCUGCAGGCUGGGGAUGUGGACGGCGCCAGGAGACUGGGUCGACUGGCUCGCCUGCUCAGUAUCGUCUCCGUUGUCCUGGGGUUGGUCAUCAUCGUCGUCUCCAUCUCCGUCUCAGUAAGUCAUUGACCCGGAGGAUCCUGAACCAUGUGGCCAGGGGGAAACGUCCACUCCAUGAGAAGACCGAGUCGGCACUCCAUCUGGAAGCAAAAAAGAAAAAAAAAAAAACUCGGGGGAGUUGGCGACAGCAAGUCGACAAAAAAGUAAUCCUUCAGAAAUGCAUGCGAUACAAACCAGUUACAAUUGCUUGAGUAGAAUAAAGAAAUACCUGGUGGAAGAGAGGAGGAAGAAGAUGCCGAACCAUCUCCGGCCAUUGGGACCACAGGCGUGAAGAGGAAGAGCUGCCUGGACGCAGCGUCCGAUGGAGCCUGUCUGGACUAUACAGUACAUAUAACCUGCAUCUAUAGCAACUCUCUUGCAUAUCCAGCUGCAACUCUAUUUGAACUAGGGUUUAUUAAUACUCAUGUAUGAAUACAAAUGUACGUUUUCUAAGAUGUUUAUAUGCCAAGUGGUGCUGGCUUUGUUCUCACGGCGGCUGCUCCGUCAGCACACAAGGAGACUGGAGGCGUUUUGAGGUCACGAGUCCAACUGCAUGCCUGGACGUCAGUGGCCAACAGCGGGUCCGGACUGUGGUCCGCCUCCGUGCUGGCACACAGAAGAGUGCAGUGAAGGAGCGGAGGACCCAGGACCACCGACUCGGACAACUUCGGCUCCUCCACCUGAUGUCCUUAAACUCGCCUCUGCUGAGGUGGUCUGACCAGAACUUUCUCUGCUGUCUUGGUAUGAAGUGUAUUUAUAUCAGAAGUAUAUCGAUGCAUUAUGUACGCAUGUGGCACACUGGCGGUUUUUUCUACAAAAAACAAGAGGCCUCAAUGUCUGUCUGAAGAUGCAUGUUUGCUCUGAAGGGACUGAAUGAAGUGGGCACGUGACAAGCACACCAGUCCUGUUUGGGGGUUGAUUGAAACCAUUUUUUUUUUUACCGUCCAACAGUAAUAAUGGAACUGAGUGGGUUUUCAAGGGCUCACAAAAGAAAACACUGGAAAAAAAACGUUCACCUGACAGAACAAAGUGGCUCAGUGUUCGGUCCGUGUCGUCGUCUGUGGUGUACAUUCUGCACGUCUGGAAUAAAUGUUACCAUGCAUGGUCCAA